AUGAAGCAAAAGGCAAGUGGUAAUUAUGAGGUUCCAUUAUUAUGGAAGUUUGAUUGUGUCGAACUGCCAAACAGUUUUGAUAUGGCUAUAAAGCGGUUAACUUGCCUCGAAGGGAAGUUAAAACGAAACUUUGAUCUCUUAAACAUUUUUCGAGAUACAAUUUCUAAAUACCUAUCUAAAGGCUACAUACGUAGACUUGAUGAAAAAGACAUCAGGCGCAACGACGGAAAAGUGUGGUAUUUACCAAUUUUUGCCGUCUUUAAUAAGAAUAAGCCUGGUAAAUCGCGUGUGGUGUGGGACGCGGCUGCCAGGGUUGGUGAAUUUUCGUUGAACUCGUUUCUGCUUAAGGGGCCUGAUAUGUUGACAUCAUUGCCAUCAAUUCUUUUUAAAUUUCGGCAAAAGAAAGUGGCAGUAUGUGGAGACAUCGAAGAGAUGUUUCAUCAAAUUCACAUCAGAGCAGAAGAUCGUGAUGUGCAACGGUUUCUUUGGAGGGAUUGUAACCAGGAGAGAGCGCCAGAUGUGUACAUAAUGGACGUCAUGAUAUUUGGUGCCACAUGCGCUCCCAGCAUAUCGCAGUAUGUGAAGAAUUACAAUGCUGACAAAUUUCUGGAAGAGUUUCCCCUUGCUGCAAAGGCAAUCAAACAAAAUCAUUAUGUGGAUGAUUUGCUAUGUUCUAUUGAUACGGCUGAGGAGGCAAUAAAAUUGGUUAAAGAUGUGUGCUUUGUACAUCGCCAAGCUGGUUUCAAUAUAAGAAACUGGGUGUCCAAUAGCAGGGAGGUUAGGAAUGCAUUUGCAUCUACUCUUUCGGAGAAAGUUAAAUGCAUAAAUUUUAAAGCCGAAAACAGUGUUGAGAAAGUACUGGGCGUUUUUUGGGAGCAUGAUGAGGAUGUUAUAACAUUUAAAAUAGCAUCAUGGCUUCUGGAGGGUGAAUUAUUGUCAACCAAAAAAGCUCCAACUAAGCGAGAAAUGCUUAGACUAGUAAUGUCCAUUUACGACCCCCUGGGACUAAUUGGACACAUAGUUAUGUUCGUGAAGGUUCUCAUGCAAGAAGUUUGGAGGUCCAAAUCGGGGUGGGAUGAACCAAUCCAUCACGAAUUGGCGGCAAAAUGGAGUCACUGGUUACGAAUUUUGCCAGACAUCGAAAACCUCAAAAUAGAAAGAUGCUAUCUAAAAACUUUUCAUAAUUAUGAAGGCGUUAAUGUCCAGCUGCAUACCUUUGUGGAUGCCAGCAAGGACGGUUAUGCUGCUGUAUGUUAUUUAAGACUGAAGAAAAAUGCCGAUGUGGUUUGUUCGUUAGUGACUGCCAAAACCAGAGUUGCCCCAAUUAAAAUAACGUCAGUGCCUAGGCUUGAACUUAUGGCAGCUUUAAUAGGAGCGCGUCUAGCGAAGUUUGUGCUGGAUAAUCACGAAAUUGGAAUUUCUAAAAAAUAUUUUUGGAGCGAUUCGAAGACAGUUUUGAGUUGGAUCAACUCUGACCAUCGCAAAUAUAACCAGUUUGUUGCAUUUCGGGUUACGGAAAUCCUGGAACUCUCAUCAAUCAGCGAUUGGAAUUGGGUUCCAAGUAGAGAGAAUGUGGCCGAUGAUGCCACAAAAUGGUCGAAAAUUCCAAAUUUUUCCGAUUCUAGUAGGUGGUUCCAUGGACCAGCUUUUUUGUUCCAACCUGAAGAAAUGUGGCCCCAAAAGACGGGUUUUAGUGGUAAUACAGAGGAGGAACGAAUACAUACCUCGUACCCAAUAAAUAAAUACGAGCCCAUUUUAAAUGAGCUGCGAUUUUCGAAAUGGAAUCGGCUGGUGAGAGCUAUUGCUUAUGUGGUCAAAUUUAUUACUAUUUGUCGAAAAAAUGAGCCCAGAUGCCAAGGAUUAACACUGGAUUAUUUAAAGAGAGCGGAGCAUAUAAUAUAUAAACAGGUGCAAUCUGUGACUUACUCAGCUGAAAUUGCUGCCCUGAAUACAAAGUCUCCUGUGCCAAAAUCCAGCGAAAUUUUUUCAAAAACACCCUAUUUGGAGGAAGGGCUUUUACGAGUUGAUGGCAGAAUAGAUUUGGCAAAUGUUACAUUUGACCAAAAGCGUCCAAUAAUAUUGCCCAGAAAACAUUAUGUUACCAAAUUAAUAAUUCUUCAUUAUCACGAAAAAUUUCAUCAUAUGCAUCAUGAAACAGUUGUGAAUGAGCUGAGGCAAAAGUAUGCCAUCUCGAAACUUCGCACCACUGUAAAGACUAUUUUUCGUUCCUGUCAAUUCUGUAAAAUCACCAAGGUGGUGCCUAACCCCCCUCAGAUGGCAAAGUUACCUCGAGCUCGUGUAGCUGCUUAUGCAUCUCCAUUCUCUUAUACUGGAGUAGACUUCUUUGGGCCCAUAUUGGUCAGUGUGAAUCGCCACAAAGAGAAACGAUAUGGCUGUUUGUUUACGUGCCUCACUAUAAGGGCCGUUCAUAUUGAGAUUGCACAUUCUCUUACGACAAGCUCUUGUAUUUUGGCUAUUCGCAAUUUUAUGGCGCGUAGAGGUACACCGCAUGAGUUCUAUAGCGACAAUGGAACUAAUUUUAUUGGAGCAGAGAGGGAACUAAGAGAGGCGCUAGCAGAGGUUAACAAAAACGAAUUACUCGAAACUUUUACAACUGCCAACACCAAAUGGAAUUUUAAUCCUCCUGCUUCACCCCACAUGGGAGGCGCCUGGGAGCGUUUAGUUCGCUCAAUCAAAAUGGUUUUGUAUAAGAUCAUGCCCUCAAGGCACCCUACUGAUGAGCUACUUUUGAGCAUGUUAAUCGAGGUGGAAAAUGUGAUAAAUUCGAGGCCGCUCGCAUAUGUUCCAAUUGAAGAACAUAUGGCAGAAGCUUUAACCCCGAAUCAUUUUCUUGUGGGAAGCUCCAAUGGGCUAAAACCCUUAACUACAGUUUACGACAGUGGAACCUUAUUGAGACAGAGCUGGCUUAUUUCUCAACAAUAUGGCAACAUAUUUUGGAAGAAGUGGCUGGCCGAAUAUUUACCAUCGCUUACUUGUAGGACAAAAUGGCACGAGAAAUCAAAGGCAUUAUGUCAGGGGGAUUUAGUUAUCAUUGUAGACCCUUCUUUACCUAGAAAUGUCUGGCUGCGAGGCAAAGUACUUGAAACGAGGUUGGCACCAGAUGGUCAGGUCCGCAGCGCAAAAAUAUUGACAUGUCGAGGCGUAAUGGAGAGACCUGCAACGAAGCUGGCAAUUUUGGAUGUUGCUGCUCAAACUAAGUCUGACGUAGAAGAAGCUUCUUGUCAUACUCCGGGGGGAAUGUUGACGCCAAUCUCAAAAAUGCCUUAA